GCGGCGGCGGCGGCGGCGGUUUCGCGGGUCGAGUUUAAACUCGGGGCCUCGGCGGAGAGGACCCCCUGCGUGUGGCGCUGAAGAUGGCGGCGUCCGGCCGCGCGCAGGUGCUGGACCUGUACCGCGCGAUGCUGCGGGAGAGCAAGCGCUUCGGCGCCUACAACUACCGAACUUAUGCCAUCCGGAGGAUAAGAGACGCCUUCAGAGAAAACAAGAAUGUGAAGGAUCCUGCAGAAAUUCAAGCCCUGGUGAAUAAAGCCAGAAGAGACCUGGGCAUAAUCCGUCGGCAGGUGCACAUUGGCCAAAUGUAUUCGACCGACAAGCUUGUCAUUGAGAAUCGAGAGAAGCCCCGGGCCUAGGAGCCGGGACCGGCCUCCAGCAGCAGCGUGGACCACCGGCAGCACCGUCCUGCUUGCCGUGGGGCCCCCAGCAGGCCUCGAGGGGCCUCCGCGUCAGCUUCAAAUAGCCUCACUCUGCCCGCCCUCCAGGAACUGAUGAACUGAGCGGAGUGUCCCCUCUUGCACAGCUUUGGUGACAGAGACCGGCUGGCGCUGGCUGUCCCCGGUUCAAGCGCCAGCAGGAAGAGCUAGAGUGCCUCGAGGGAAGGCCGUGUCCCGCCCCGCCCCGCCCCGCCCCGCCUGCGGCUCCGCCGCGCCUGUACAGAGCAUUUCCAGACGCGCUUCUGGGUCCUUGACAGUAAACGAAAGCGUCUCCCUGGCCCUCUACCAGACUCGCGUGUCUUCGUGGCUAACGCGCUUUUGGUUCCUGCUGGUGAUGGGCCUGCAGAGGGCGGUGGGGGGCCUGGCAGGGAGGGUCCAGCCCUGAGCUGAGUGUCCCCUUUGCAAAGGCAAGUCCACACACUGGGAGAGAUGCAGGGACGGAGGGGAGCAGGGUGCAUCCUACCACUGAGACCCAGGCCCAGCGUGACAACAGAGGUUCCCUGUGUGUGGCUGCUCACCUGGGGACGGUCCUACAACCCGCUGCCCAGGGUGGCCUCAGGAUGACUGUCAUCUGCCCCACUAGGGAGCUUGCUAGAAACACGGAAUCUCAAGCCACACCCCAACCUGAUUUGAAUCAGAAUCUUCAGUCUGACACACCCCAGGGGACCCCAGUGUACACUGAAACGUGCGUCCCAAAGCUCACUCACUGAGUCAGAGUCACUUGGAGAGACUGGGAGUUUUUGAAAAGAAGUUUCUCAGCACUUCAUAUUCUGACUUGAUAAGUGACAGAUGAGGCAUAGUUACUUAUUUGUUCAGUCGCUGUCGUGUCCAACUCUGCAGCCCGUGGACUGCAGCCCGCCAGGCUCCCUGUCCAUCACCAGCUCCUGUAGUUUACCCAAACUCAAGUCCAUUGAGUCGGUGAUGCCAUCCAACCAUCUCAUCCUCUGUCAUCCCCUUCUCCUGCCUUCAGUCUUUCCCAGCAUCAGGGUCUUUUCCAGUGAGUCAGUCCUUCACAUCAGGUGGCCAAAGUAUUGGAGUUCCAGCUUCAGCAUCAGUUCUUGCAGUGAAUAUUCAGGGUGGAUUUCCUUUAGGACUGACUGGUUUGAUCUCCCUGCUGUUCAAGGAACUCUCAAGAGCCUUCUCCAGCACCACAGUUGAGAAGCAUCAGUUCUCUGGCACUCAGCCUUCGAUAUUGUCCAGCUCUCACAUCCGUACGUGACCACUGGAAAAACCAUAGCUUUGAGUGAACUGACUUUUGUCAGCAAAGUAAUGUCUCUGCUUUUUAAUAUGCUGUCUAGUUUGGUCAUAGCUUUUCUUCAAGGAGCAAGCGUCUUUUAAUUUCAUGGCUGCAGUCACCAUCUGCAGUCAUUUUGGAGCCCAAGAAAAUAAAGUCUGACACUGUUUCCACUGUU